AUGGUCGCCGACACGCUGUACGACAAGGCGCUGCCCGUGCUGCAGAACGACGCCCUGGACGAUGAGGACAAGACGGACAGGCUCGAGGAGCUGCUGCGCACCGAGACGGGCCUCGUGGGGAAGUCGCUGGAGAACGUCGUCCUGGACUGUCUCUGGCGCUACCGCGAUGCCGGCAACUCGUCGAGCUCGCCGCCCCCCAGCCGCCAUACCAUCAUCCGCCGUCCCUCGCCCGCGCCGUGGCACACCAGCCGCGCCCCGACCCCUGUGAACCAGUCCCCGCGCAUGGUGCAUGCUCCACCAGGCUUCGGCAUUGCCCCUCCCAGCUUCACGCGCACAAAGUCCCACAACGCUUCCCCCUUUACCUCGCCGCGCCCCUCUCCACGCCUUGCUUUUUCCAGCCCGCACAUCCCCCACAGCCCCAGCCUGAGCGCGUACCAAUUCAGUGAAGGCGUCAGUCCGAGCGCAGAUCUGUAUGGAGACCUUGAUGGCCAGUCUGUAGACUGGCUGGUGAACGAUGAAUCUGGGAGCACCGAGUCGUCUCUGCUCGGCGACGGCACCCUCAAUGGCGGCGCGGCGGAAUGGAUCCAGCCCCAGACCAUGGACAUGGGCCCCUAUGACAUGCUCCGCUCUAUCCUGAGGGACGACCGAACAGAUGAGGAUAUCGAAAAGGUCCUCGAAGCCAAUGGCUAUGAUCUGAGUGCUGCCCUGCUUGCCUUGAUGGGCCAACAGUUCGAAGGGCAGCAACUCUCCACUUCCAGCCCAGACCAGACCGGGUACGUCAUCGGAAAAUCCAUGAGUCCUGCAUUCAGACCUGCCACGCCUGCUGGCCAGCAGAAGAGCAACAUCGUGUGCAAGUACUUCCUGUCCACGGGACAUUGUGCGAGAGCCGAUUGCAGAUUCAGCCAUGACACCAGCAAGACACUCUGCAAAUACUUCUUGAACGGCAAUUGCCUUGCCGGCGACACAUGCUUGUUUUCCCAUGACCCGUCCUCCCUCAUGGCUCGUAUGGCCAUCUCAGACGUAUCCACGCCACCUUUGCGCGCGAACGUUCCGAACUUCCAAAUGACAGACUACGAAUUUCCCACCCUCCAGGCCAACGGUUCCCCUUUCGGCACACCCCAACUCUCUACAGCGGAAAUCUCCCUUGAGCAGCUCUACGGAUUGACUUCGAGUACCGCGACACGCCCUCCACCUGGUCUGAGUCCUUAUCCGGUCUUUACCCCUGGAAGCCUCAGUCGUCCACAAUCUCGAACCAGCAGCCGUCAGCAAUCUCGUGCUCCUACGCCAUCCGUACUUGCAGUAGACGAUAACGAUGCGUUUCCGAGCUUAGGUUCUGCUGCGAAGGCUGGAAAGCGACAUCACGGCAAGCGAGGUGGACACAGCCACACCAAAGACAUGCCAAGUCCGAACAAUCUUGCAGAUGUCGUACGCAUGUCACCUUCUCCGAACCCUGUAACUCCCGUACGCAAGGGGUUGAAGCCAACUAAGAGCUUUAAUGGAUCUCGUGAGAACAGUACGGCUGCGCAAGCAAUUCCUGCACCUCAACAUAUUCCGUGGUUGGAGACCGGCCAGCAGGGCAACCAGGCGUAUCUCAAAGCUCGUGCUGAAGCCUUUAAACAUGGCAGUCUGAGGAACAAGUUCCUGCAGAGUGCCGCUCAAGCCUGGAACCGUAGUGACUCGCGCGCCGCUAAAGCCCUUAGUCUUAGAGGGCAGAGUGAGAACAACCUCAUGCGCGAGGCACAUCGGGAAGCUGCCCGCGUUCUAUAUGAAGAACGAAAUAAAGUCGGCGAUGGCUCCAAGGAGCUGUAUGUUGAUCUUCACGGGCUUCACCCAGAUGAAUCAGUAUCCUAUCUUGAGAGCAUUCUCCUAAAGCACAGCUCCCACUCUCGCCCCGUCUACGCCAUCACUGGAACUGGUCACCACUCCAAGAAUGGUAAAGACAAGGUCGGGAAGGCAAUUCGCGGCUUCCUGAACGAGUGGCGAUAUGCAUUCCGCGAGUUCUCCGUCCCAGGUGACCGCAACAAUGUUGGUGGUAUCCUCGGUAUUGACCCCAGCAGCUACGAUAAGAGCAUUGCGGAGCGGCCUAAGGAGAAUGAGGAUGCGACGGAUGUGGAAGAUGUAAAGAAAGACACAAAGAUCAGAAUCAUGAAGAGAGAUGAGGUUUUAGACGCACCGAAAGGACCGAAGCGGGCUGUUUGA